AUGCUGCCAGGGCAGAUCCUGCUCCUAGCGCUGGAGGAAUUGGUGGACAAAGGGAAGGAUGAUGCCAAGGGCAGCAAGGUUCACAUCCGCAUGCAGCAGCGAAACGGCCGAAAGUCCUGGACAACCGUCGCGGGUUUUCCAGACCAGGUCCGCCUUCCAAAAUCCGGCAAGGUCCUGCAAGUUGAUUUCGAGAAGAUCCUGCGAGCGCUGAAGAAGACCUUCAAGACCAACGGAGUCCUGAUCAAGGACCCAGACCAUGGCAGUGUCAUGCAGCUCCAGGGUGACAUCCGGAAGGAGGUGGCAGAAUUCCUGAUUGAGGUGACCGCCAUCAUCACGAAGGACCAGGUGAUGAUCCACGGAUCUUGA